AUGACUUACGGCAGCAACAGUAACAAGGAAUCUUUCGCAGCUCGUCAGAGGAGAGCAGGUCUCCCUCGGCACAACACCAACCAGCAGCCUGCUGGUAACGACCACGCAUACCAUGCGUACCUCGAGGAGCACUACACCCUCGCGAUGAGGAAGCCUCUUGAAGGCCCUCAACGACGGCGUCCGACAGCAGAACUCCGGGUAAGGGACAGCGUCAUCGACUUCGCUCAGGCGAGUCACUUCAUGGGGCAGGCGCCCGAGCAUCGCCCUGCAGCCCCAAGUCCCGAAAACAAGCGUAAUGUAAACAUACGGGACAGUGUGCUUGACUUCGCGCAAGUCAACCACUUCAUGGGGUUUGCUCCCGGGUUUACACCCGCCGAGGAGAAGAGCGAGGAAGAGUCCUUGUACAGCUCCACGGCCCCAUCGGCUUCUCCCUUCGCUCCUGGUCGUCCGCGGCGAUCACCUAGUCCGCUCGCGAGGGCAGUCAGUCCCCUUGAGCCCACGGUCAAGGUCAAUGCUAUUGUUCGCGUCAAUGGUAUCGACAGUGAUUUCGACGAAUGGGGAAAUCGACGAUGCACUCAACCCGCUGCGGUGCAUGAGAGGACACAGGUACGCUUCCGAGCUCUGGCGAAGCAUAAGACACCCCCUCCUCGCCCGGCGCGGCCGGCUCGUGCCAUAACGCAGCCGCAAAACGCGCCGACUUAUAGUCUUUUCCCGCCGGUCCGCCCAACUCCCGCUCGGCCUCCACCGCCGGCGAGAGCGGUGCAGACCACGAGGCCCCAAGCGAGCAGGAGGACGGACCCGAGCGUCCAUCCUCUAGAAUACGCGAGGUCUGUCCCGACUGGCUUUCACGGCGACUUCUCCGAUCGUCGUAACCAGAUUUAUGGGGGAGCUCCCGGCUCUGGCAAGGAUGAGUUGCGGGAAGCGGAGGAGAAGCGUCGAGCGAAGAAGGAGAAGGGCUUCUUCCGGGGCUUGUUCGGUAUCAAGAAGAAGUGA